AUGGCCUCAGUGGACUAUCAGAAGCUGGAGGAUGGCGAGAGCGGUGGAGCGAUCGCUGCUCCGCCCUUUGCCCUCGCCAAAUUGGACAACGACAAGGAAGGCCUCUUGAAAGGUUUGACGGAUGUGGAGGUGGCCGAGUUGGUGAAAAAGUAUGGCCUGAACGAAGUGCCAGAAGAAAAGGAACCGUUGUGGAAGAUGUUCCUGAAACAGUUCACCGGACCCAUGCAGAUCAUGAUCGAGUGUGCUGCGUUGUUGUGCUUUCUGAUCCACAAUUGGCCCGACUUCACCAUCAUCAUGGUCUUGUUGUUGACCAAUGGCACCUUGGGAUUCUUCGAAGAGAAGAGCGCACAGGCCUCGGUGGACGCUUUGAAGGCGGGUCUGGAGAAGAAGAUGCCGGUGAAGAGGAAUGGCAAGUUCGACAGCAUCCCGGUGGUUCAAGUGGUCCCUGGGGACAUUCUCUUCAUGCGCGGCGGCGACAUCGUGCCAGCAGACUGCUACUGGUUGGAGGGCGAUCCAUGUCAGGUGGAUGAGGCGGCGUUGACAGGGGAGUCCCUGCCAGUGAAGGUUCCCCGAAAGGAUGACCAUGGGAAGCAAUUCUCAGGUCGUCAAAUGUGGUCUGGAUCUAUCCUUAAGGUGGGCGAGUGCCAAGCAGUGGUGAGCCACACUGGGGUCAAUACGAUGAUUGGCGAAGCUGCAAAGGCGAUCCAAGAUGCCAGCGGAAAGGACGAUGGUUUUGUGCGGUGA